CAGCAACCGAAUUACCUCUGCUUUUCCUGAACCCCCAUCGCAUACUAAGGCGGCAGCCCGCGCAGAAAUCAUGUCCGGCCAAGGUCCCACGCGCAAGAGGCCCACCAAGUACAGCAUUAUCAAGGAAGGGUGGGGGGAUCGCGUAAUGUUCCAAGCUUCAUACGGCCUACGGAUGGACCCGGACGAUCUGGCAGAAGGAGAGGCCAUCCUUGACCAGCUCCUUCGCAACGCCAUCGAAGAUUGGGAAGAAGUACAGAGGCAGGCGGGACGCCGCUACUAAACUUGCGGUUUAUUGAUGGCUCCCUCGUUAUGUCGCAUCACCUUGAGCCAUUUAAGGCGGUUGUCGUGCGCAAGGUCGUCGAACGAAGUCUAAUCUGCUGAGUGUAAUCCAAUCAUUGUGUACUUACAUUUCGCGCGCGUCGCUUUCUGUAUUGUACCAUCAGUAUUCAAUGCCAGCGAAUGCGCAUCUGUAUCACCGGGAAUAUGACCAUUACUUGCUGGCGCCAGA